GUCCCUCUUCAUCACUCGACUCUGAGAACAAAACACAAAGACAACGACAAUAAGGAGAUACAAAUAGUACAAGAAUGGCUGAAGUCCCUCAGCUAAUCAAGGACGCGCUCGAGUACGAGAAGACGCAGCUGGCCUUUCCGCAGGACGACGACUUCUACCGGGUCGACGCGAGCCAUGUCCGCGCGGCACCAGGCAAGUUGAUCACGCUGCAACGGGAUCUGGACACUUCGCGAUUCUCGCUUCCGCCCGGAUGCGCCAUUUCUCGCUUCAUCUACCAGAGCAAGACGAUGGCUGGCGCACCCGUGCCCGUCUCGGCCUUUAUACUUUGGCCCCACGCACCUCGGCUCGACGACCAGGGUCGCUGCUCCGUCGUUGCUUGGUCGCACGGCACGAGCGGGCUGUACGACGACGCUGCGCCGUCCAGGUACAAGAACCUGUGGCAGCACUACCUUGGCCCGUUCCCACUAGCGAUGCAAGGCUAUGUCGUCGUGGCCACCGACUACGCCGGUCUUGGCGUGGCACGGACCGGGGACGGAAAGCCCAUCAUCCACGAGUACCUCUCAGGCCCCGCCCAGGCAAACGAUGUCGUCUAUUCCGUGCUUGCUGCGCGAGAAGCCUUUCCGGACCAGCUUUCGAAAAAGUGGGUCGCCGCUGGCCACUCUCAGGGAGGCGCCUCCGCGUGGGCCGUCGCGCAGCGCCAAGCCCGCGAGCCAAUCGAUGGCUACCUCGGCGCUGUCGCCCUGUCUCCCGUCACGCUGAUACCCGACCAGUUGGAGCCAAUCAGGUCGGUGAUUGCCGCCGCCAACUCCCGCGGCCUCCAACAGUACCGCCCGGAGCUCGAUGUGUUCCACACGCUCCUGACCGAAUCGGGCCGCAAGCGGCUGGCAACGACAGAAGCGCUCCGGGGCAACACGGCCAUCUUUCUCUCCGUCUUUCUUGAAGCCAGCUCCAACGUUGCCGACGCAGAGGCUGCGGGCACAGGAGCCGUGCAGGGCAUCUUGCAAGAGGAUGUGUGGGAAAGGUACAAGGAUUACUACGAGGAGAUUGCCAACGGAGGCAAGCCGAUUGCGGGGCCGAUGCUGGUCUUGCACGGGAACAAGGACCCCGUGCUGUGCGUCGAUGCAACGCGCAAGUGGGUCGACAAGACGAUGGAGAUGUACAAAGAGGCCCGAAUCGAAUAUGUCGAACUCGACGGCGUGUCGCACAAUGGUGCAUGCACGGCCGCCCAGUGGAUCUGGACCGACUGGAUCGCACAGCGCUUCGGGGGCGUGAAAGAGGCGAGCAGGGGCACAAGGACGAUCAAGCCUCCGAGGCCUGUCGAUGCGUACCAAAAGGAGAUCAAUUGGUGGAUCGCAGAAGCCACGCAGUUCUACCACGCUCCCUGAACAAAAGGAGGUCAUCUCCGCCCUCGUAUCUUUUUUUUUCUUCCUUUUUUUAACAUGCAUCAAAUGUCCAUUGUUGUCUCAACCUAGAAUCAGCGCGACACACUGCUUCAUAUAAGCUACUACUGAGCAUCUCAUCCCUCGAAAGACAGUAUGCAGGGCCACAGUUACGCCAGCUCUUACUCUCUGGAGAUUGAGGAAGCAGAGGACGGCGAAGGUGUCCUUGGGACGAUGAGUGUCGUAUUGAAGUAGUCGACGGUGACGGCCCCGCUCGCCCCUAC